AUGAAAGCGACAAGCAUCGUGGUGCUAAGGGUGGGUCUUGCUGUCAGAUCAAAAGUUUGCUGUUUAUCUUCAUUCACGUUUCUUGCUUCAGGUGGAGAGUCUCAUUUCUCGUUAUUAAUUGUUUCAGAGAGGUUUGAAGGUUUAAACCUUAUUGAGAGACACCGCCUGGUGAACAAAAUUUUAAAGACUGAGCUGAACGGAGGAUUACAUGCUCUGUGUUUGCUGACAUUGUCUCCUUCUGAAUGGAAAUCUGAUGAAUUGAAAAAUCCAUUUGCUCCUAGCUGUCAGCAGAAAUGGCCCUGA